GCCUGUUUGCUCUUUUCCCCAUGCACAAAGAUUUCUUUCUCUCUCUCUUUUUAGAGGCAGACCUAAUGAACAGGGUGAGCCUAACCUCCAGGUGAUGACAUGCUUGUUUUGCUACUCCUGCUGAGACACAAAUAGCCUGCUGAUGAGAUGGAGACUGCAGGAAUGAUUAAGAACAGUUCAGAUGCAGAAAUGCAACUGCACGGAGAAAGCUCAGGGGCAGCCAGCGAUGAGACGCUGUAUUGUGCUCUCCUAUUAGAAGGAAUGUGGUAGUGAUGUAUAAGGUAUGAACGAUGUGGCCUGCAGAGUACCAGAAGCAUUGCCUUUGCUGCUGUUGCUUCUGCUGCUGAGAAGGAGAUGCUCUCACUGAACUGAAACUGCUGAGGAUUUUCUCACUAGGAUACCCGUCUCUGAGUGCUUCUGCUUUCAGGAUCUACGGAUUCUACUGCAUGCAGACUGACUGAUAUAUAUACAUACACACAGGGGUUAUCUCCCAGAAGAAAAUAAAGAACUGUCCAUAUUGUUUUAGGAACAGAAGACUGGGGGGAGCAUUUCCCCCCCCUGCAACAAGAGGAUGUGUAGGGGGGCAGAUGAGGAAGCAACCCUGUCUGAAGAAUAUCCAUAUGUGUGAAGACACUUUGGUUGCAGACAUCAUAGGAUUUUGGUCAUCGCUUCAUAACUGAUGUUCUUUCAGUUGACUUUGGGCUAUAUUUCUAGAAUUUGGAAGAGCUCUGAAUGUUUGGUAACAUCAACUGUGGUAGCCAGCAUCACACGGAAUUGCGGCAGUGGCCAAGGCAUGGUGACUGCUAAGUGGAUCUAGGCUUCAUGACCGGAAACAGAUUACUGAGAAUCGCAGAGCCUGUGUGUGACACCGUCAUGAAUGAGAGAAGGAAGUAAUGCACUAUUGGAUGUGCCCGCUUGCUGCCAGUUUUGAGACGCAGCAAAAAUGAUGCAUUGUGGGGAAUCACUCCAAAAGGGUGAAUGAAAUGAACUGUCUGCAUUCUAGUAUCUGAGGAGCUGAGUUGUUCUCUUGGAGAGUUGUUCUAAAUGAGCCUGGCCAAGAUACUGGAUCUGUGUGAAGAGGACUAAGGAUAUAAUAGGAUGUCAACUGAGACAGAACUUCAAGUGGCUGUUAAAACCAGCACAAAGAAAGACUCAAAGAAGAAAGGUCAGGAUCGCAGCGAAGCCACUUUAAUAAAAAGGUUUAAAGGUGACGGUGUUCGAUACAAAGCAAAACUCAUUGGGAUAGACGAAGUUUCUGCGGCACGGGGCGACAAGUUAUGUCAAGAUUCCAUGAUGAAAUUAAAGGGAAUUGUUGCUGCAACUCGUUCAAAAGGAGAACACAAGCAGAAAAUAUUUUUAACUAUCUCAUUUGGAGGAAUCAAAAUCUUUGAUGAGAAGACAGGCCUACUACAGCACCAUCAUGCAGUUCAUGAAAUUUCAUACAUCGCAAAGGAUAUCACAGACCACCGGGCCUUCGGAUAUGUGUGCGGAAAGGAAGGGAAUCAUAGAUUUGUGGCAAUAAAAACAGCCCAGGCAGCGGAGCCUGUAAUUCUGGAUUUGCGAGACCUCUUUCAACUCAUUUAUGAAUUGAAACAAAGGGAAGAGCUGGAAAAAAAGGCACAAAAAGAUAAACAGUGUGAACAAGCAGUGUAUCAGACAAUUUUGGAGGAAGAUGUAGAAGAUCCUGUUUACCAGUACAUUGUGUUUGAGGCUGGACAUGAGCCAAUCCGUGAGCCUGAAACAGAAGAAAACAUUUAUCAGGUUCCUACUAGCCAAAAGAAGGAAGGUGUUUAUGAUGUGCCAAAAAGUCAACCUGUAAGUCUGGAGAAUGGAAGCCUGUUGUUGGACAUAGAUGAAAAUCUUGGUAGAGUCACUCAGGCUGUUACCCAACUAGAGCUGUUUGGGGACAUGUCUACUCCUCCUGAUGUAACCUCCCCCCCUACCCCUGCAACUCCAGGUGAUGCCUUUAUCCCAUCCUCAUCCCAGUCACUUCCUGCUGGUGCAGAUGUAUUUAGUUCUGUACCUUACAGCACUGCUGCUGUACCCUCAGGUUAUGUUGCAAUGGGAGCUGUCCUGCCCUCCUUCUGGGGACAACAACCUCUUGUUCAACAACAACUGGCCAUGGGUGCUCAGCCUCCAGUUGCUCAGGUGAUGCAGGGAGGACAGUCAAUUGCAUGGGGACAACCUGGGAUAUUUUCUCCCACCCAGCAACCAUGGCCAUCUGUAGCUGGUCAGUUUCAGCCUGCUGCCUUCAUGCCAACACAAACUGUAUUGCCUUUACAAGCAGCCAUGUUUCAAGGUACCGUUGCUCCCAUUGCUACCGUUCCACCUACAAGCGAUUCCACCAGAUCCAGCCCGCAGACAGAUAGGCCUAGGCAGCAAGCAGGAAAAGAAAUGUUCAAAGAUUUCCAGAUGGCUCAGCCUCCGCCAGUGCCAUCACGAAAACCAGAUCAGCCUUCCCUCAGUUGUACCUCAGAGGCCUUCUCCAGUUACUUUAACAAAGUUGGGAUGGCACAGGAAGCAGAUGAUUGUGAUGACUUUGACAUCUCUCAGUUAAAUUUGACUCCUGUGACUUCUACAACGCCAUCGACGAACUCACCUCCAACUCCUGCUCCUAGACAAAGUUCUCCAUCCAAAUCCUCAGCAUCUCAUACCAGCGACCCUGCUGCAGAUGACCUCUUUGAAGAGGGCUUUGAAAGUCCAAGUAAAAGUGAAGAACAGGAAGCGCCUGAUGGAUCUCAGGCCUCAUCCAACAGUGAUCCAUUUGGUGAGCCCAUUGGUGACACUGUAAGUCCACAGGGCGAUAGCUAGAUAGCGCAGGUUGGGGAAAGAGAGCCUCUCUAUGCCCAGAUCAACAGACCUAAGAAAUAGCGUUGACCCACGCUUGUGGUGCUUCAAGACUCAAAACAGAAAACUACAGCCUUCACAGGCCUUUGGCUCCCACACUUUCUUGCAGUUGAUCCCAUCUAAUAAAGGAUAAUCACCUCACUG